AUUUAUUCCUUUUUAACCCCAAUACGCAUAUUCAUUUUGUGACUACCCAUAGUCUAUGUUUUAGUCCGAUGUCUUCUCAUUUGGAGUGAUCCUCUGUCAGCUGAUUGCAAGGAUCGAAGCGGAUCCUGAUAGUGGACUACACCGUACAAGCAAUUUCGGUCUCGAUUACGUUCGCUUUACUCCUUGCUGUCCACUGGACACACCAAUAGCAUUUUUGAAACUAGCUUUCCAUUCUUGCGUGAUGGAUCCCCUGGAGCGGCCUUCGUUCGAAAUGAUUGUUAUCCUACUACAAAAGGUGUUCACAACGUUACCCUCUUCUCCCGCGCAUUCACCGCGAGAUGCAAGGGAAGCUAAGCUGGCUCGUUCCCGAUCUGAUGCUGCGUUGAAGAAAGAAGCAGCUUUGGCAACGAGAAAGUAUUCCCAUCAUAAUCCCAGAAAUAUCCGUCCAAUUGUGGAAGGAGUAGCAGUUGAAGAAACAUCAUUUCUUGCCAUGGAAAAACUUGCACGAGAUGUAGCUCGCGAUGAACCAACGCCAGAUCAUACAAAUCCAUUUUUGGAUCAUGAGCGUUUUCGCAAGGAGAGAAAGAUCUUGCCAAGAAAGAGUAAUCGACGACGUAGUGAAACAAAACCUGAACGCGGUACCUCUGCCACUAAUUGCUUCAUUGAGGAUCAUCUUAGGUGUUCGUUGCAUAGGUAA